AUGGUUGUAGAACUGCCUCGGUCGGAAAAAGUCGAUGAAGUGGAUAUCCUCCUAGCUUCUCAAGACGGUCAAAUUCAAAGACCGAAAGGACCAAACUGCAGACAUCCGGCUAGGCAGAAGUGCACAAACUGCUUGCCUCUUGAUGUAAGUAUUUUUCGAAAAGUCGAAUAUUCUUUAUUGAUUUUCUACGAAAUCUAUCGAUUUUUCUUCCAAUCUUGCAGCCAUUUGAUGAGGAGUACCUCAAAGACAAGGAUAUCAAGCACAUGAGCUUCCAUGCUUAUGUCAGGAAACUUCUUGGGUCACAGGGAAAAGGGACCAGUCUGAAGAAACCAUUGGAGAACAUUAGAUGCGCUUUGAAGGCAAAUUGUGAUGCUCAUAAACCUUUUCCGAAAGGAAUUUGCACAAAAUGCAAGCCGCAAGUGGUUACCCUGAAUCGUCAGAAGUUUCGCCACGUGGACAACAUUCAAAUUGAGAAUCAAGACUUAGUCAAUAACUUUUUGAACUACUGGAGAUCUUCUGGCCAUCAACGUGUCGGUUUCUUGAUAGGACAAUAUCAGACGUUCCCGGAAGUUCCGCUAGGAAUCAAGGCGACCGUCGCGGCCAUUUACGAGCCUCCGCAGUAUUGCCGAGAAGAUGGAAUCGAGUUUCUUGAGGACAAAAAUGAAAAGGUCGUCGAUAAACUGCUCGAUAUGCUGGGUCUUCAGAGAGUCGGAUGGAUAUUCACAGAUUGCUGGACAGCCAAUAGAUCCGAAGGAACUGUACAUUACACCAGAAAUAAGGUCAGGUGUUAUUACAAAGUUUUCAAUUAAAGAUUUUCAAUUCUUCCAGGAUUCAUUCUUCUUGUCGGCCGAAGAAUGCAUCACUGCGGCCACAAUGCAGUUGAAGUACAAAAACAGAACCGAUUUCAGUAUGGAGCGUUACUUCGGAUCCAAGUUCGUAACCGUGGUGGCUUCUGGAGACGAGUCUCUACACGUCAACUUCCACGGGUAUCAAGUGUCGAAUCAGUGCGCCGCGAUGGUCGAAGCCGACAUUCUGUGUCCGACUCUCUAUACCCCGGAACUUGCAUACGUCAGGGAGACUCCCUUGUCCGAAUCACACUACAUUACGGAUGUUCAGUACACUGAAAAGAAUCAGUAUGGUGCCGAAGUCUCGAAGAACGGAAGACCGCUUCCUGUCGAAUACCUGCUCGUCGAUGUGCCAGCCGGUAUGCCCAAGGAGAUGCACUACACGUUCCACGUCAGCAAAAAUGCCAAUUUCCACGUUGAAAACCGCCAAGACGUUGGACAAAUUCAAGGAGGACAGAACCUCUCGCAGUAUUGCGCCGAGUUCUCGGUGAAUCAAUUCCUCGAGCAGGCCACUAACUUCCAUUUCCUGCUCUAUUUGAUGACAAAUGAUAUGAUAGUUAUCAACGACGAAUGGAUGAAGGGGCUGUGUGAGGCGGUGAAAGCUCAAGAUCGUGGAGCUGCGAUGGAGUGGGCAAAAGACUGCGAAGACUGGCAUCAGCUUGUCGCCCUGGCACACGCCAAUUCUGACGGUAAAUUAUAGACAGAACACUGUUUGCUACCCUGAAUCAGAGAGUAUUUCAGAUAUCCCAAUCAUUCCGGGUGAAGAUGCACCAGCCGGAGGUACGUGGAGCUGCGGACACUGCACCUUCCAGAACGAAUCGGGAAGACUGGACUGCGCAAUGUGCGGACUUCCAGCCGAGUAA